AUAGCUGAAAUCAAUGAUCACCUGUACCUCAGUAGUGCAGCAGCUGUACGUGGUGAUAAAAUCAGAAGUUUGGGUAUCAGUAAUGUUAUAAACUGUACCCAAGAUGUACCAAACCUAGAGCUACCAGGACUUGAUACCGUACAGAUACAUGUUGAUGAUAUACCUUCUGCUCGACUCAAUGUCUAUUUCGAUGCUUGUGCUGACCGAAUUAAUCAGGUUCGAUUAAUAGGUGGUAAAACAUUAGUCCAUUGUGUUGCUGGGGUCAGUCGGUCAGCAACAAUUUGUAUGGUCUAUCUUAUGAAAUAUUAUCGGAUAACUUUAAGAGACGCUUAUUAUCACGUCAAGAAACGGAGAUCAGUUAUUCAUCCUAAUUUAGGAUUUUGGCGCCAAAUGGUAGAUUAUGAGAGGAGUAUAUUAGGUGGCAGUAGCGUCAAGAUGGUUCAAUCAAAUGUUGGAUUAAUUCCAGACGUUUAUGUUGAACAGUAUCGUCAUUUGAUC